GAAUGCCACGCGCGUCCACUUAUAUGAGUACACUUGUAACAACCUAAGUAUUACGAAAGUUAUAUUCGAUCAAAUAAAUCUCACGUAGCAAAUUUGCAAUAUAUAUAUUUUUUAACCAAAUUCGACACUCUCAUUGGCCUCCAUACACAAAGUCUUCACUUCGUGGAAUUAUUUUCGUGGACAGAUUUUGGGGGGAGUAAACCCUCUCGCUUCGCCUCUUCCUCUCUGGCAGUAGAGAAUUCCUCCCCUCGACCUCUGACGGGUAGUAUCCUAAUCUGCAUAAAGAAAUGACAGGCAUGCUUGAGCUGAAUCAGAGGGAGGUUAAACAGUGGUUUUCAGACCCAGCGAAGUUUUUUUUCAAGAGUUUUAACCCAACAAUUGCCCUGAAGUAGGUCAAAUUAACUUUAGGAUUUGGCGAUGAUUUUAUUGUAAAAGUUCAUCGGGGACCGCGUGAUUGUUGGUUUGGCGGUCCAUUGAAGACAGAAUGGGCCAGACGUCUGUCUCCACCUUGUCUCAAAAUGCGAGUGUUGAUGGACUGGAAAAAGCAUCUCUGUCCAACUGUGAUGUUGUGGUGGGAAGCACCCAGACUCCUCCACUGAAGCAGAAGGGGAAGCUCUCCACUAUAGGGAAGAUCUUCAAACCCUGGAAAUGGCGCAAGAAGAAAACCAGUGACAAGUUUCAGGAUCUAUCCAAAGUUCUGGAGAGGAAAAUCUCCACGAGGCAAAGUCGAGAGGAGCUGAUAAGACGAGGCGUUCUCAUUCCCGAUCAAGAGGAGCCAGUGAACUCUGAGAAUCUAAAUGGCCAUGCAACGCCUAGUGUGGGGUCUGAUGAGGUCAAAGUUGACAUGGAGUCUCCGAAAACACCUUUGGAGGAGAAGACAGAAGGGUCGGAGAAUGCUGAGGACAAAGCAGUAAGGAAUGAAAUCAAAGCUACUCCAAAAGGAAACCAGGCCAGAACGCGGGAGGCUAAAAAACAUCCCACCACCGCCCCUCCCAAAUCAGCUGGUGGGGCUACAGCAGGGCGCAGGGACGGGACCGCUGGUGUUAAAAAGCUGCCCAAAAGCACAGGCAAGCAAGCUUCCGCUCUGCCACCCAAACAAAACCCUCGAAACAAUUACAUUGGGAACGCCAAAUCCUCUCAACCUAAGAAAACUGGAGGCACAUCCAAGAGCACGGCCCAGUCCUCAUCCUCCUCAUCGUCCACACCGCGUACCACAAAGACCUCCAAGGACAGGCCUGCCAACCCAACUGGGACAGAGAAGACAAACAAGCGCGUCCUCCAACUAGUAACUGACCCUUCCAGCUUCUCUGGAGCUCCCAAGGCCUCCCCAGAGACAGACAGCCUUUCUGGGGAGAGACGGGUCCCGGGCCCUGGGGAUGGGCAUGGGAACCAGGGGUGCAAGGAGGAGCCCUCUUCUGGCCCAGAGGGCAGGCCUGCUGCUCAGGAUGACUCCUCUCUGACUGGAAUGGAUAAAGACAAUGCCUCAGGAGCCAGUCCUCAGGACCCUGGGGAAAAGGCCCCUCUGGUCAACAACGCCACUGAGGACACUUUCUUCACCGAGUCUCAUAGCGAGAGCUCCAUGGAGGAAGCCCUGGGGACUGGGGAAGAUGGAGGUGGUGACCGUGGGCAACAGUCAGGGGACGCAGACCAUGAGUUAGAGAAACGUCAGUGGCCUACCAAUGGGAUUGGAGAGAAGAAGCUCCACAGUGUUAACCUGCAGAGCCCAGAGGUUACAGUCAUCCCAGACAGCAUUACGGAGUCUGACUACCAGUCCACAGUCAGCGACUCCGACUCAGAUGGGCCCAUCCUCUACCGAGACGAAGACGAGGAUGAGGAGGACGAGUAUACCACAAGCUCCCUAGCCAGUAAGAUCCGCCGCAGGGACACCCUGGCCAUCAAACUGGGCAACCGGCCCAGCAAGAGAGAGCUGGAGGAGAAGAACAUCCUGCCUCGCACCUCUGAGACCGAGAGGCAGGAACUCCGGCAACAGAUUCACUCCAAGCUAGUGAGACGACUUAGUCAGAGGCCCAGCACUGAGGAACUGGAGCAGAGGAACAUUCUGAAACAGACAAAUGAAGCUGAUAAACAUGAAGCCAUACAAGAGAUUAAAAGAAGACUCUCCCGAAAGCUGAGUGUGAGGCCCACAGUAGCAGAGCUGGUGGCUCGGCGGAUUCUGCGCUUCAAUGAGUACGUGGAGUGCACAGAUGCUAAGGACUAUGACCGCCGUGCAGACAAACCCUGGACCAGGCUCACUCCAGCUGACAAAGCUGCUAUCCGUAAAGAACUGAAUGAGUUCAAAAGCAAAGAGAUGGAAGUUCAUGAAGAGAGCAAACAAUUCACCAGGUUCCAUCGGCCCUGAGGUGUCUAUCUCCAGUGGGGGUCCUGGUCAGCUGCCGGCCCUGCCUGAGGGCUCUUUCUUCCCGCUGCCCUGUGUCCCGCUGUGGGCUUCCCCGAAGCCUGGAGCCUAGAUGCCCCUAGGCACAGACACAUGGACAAUGUCCCCUGGGGCAAACCGGUCUCCAGCUAUAGAGAUCAAUGACAUUGGGCCACACCUGGUUACACAGACCAGACUGAGCUUUAGUGUUGUGUGGAAAGAUACAGAGAGAGAGAGUGGCCAAUAUCCAUCCAGAGAAUGUGAAUGGGCCGAGCCCAUGCCCAUUCACAGUCUUUGCACACCAUGAAGAAAAAAAACUGUUGCACUUUGUAACACAGCGCUGAUUGAAUUACCCACAUACUGUACCUGUUGGCUUCCCCUAAUGCCCCCUAACAAGCUUUGACCAAGUCCCUGUGGAAGGGAAAUGGUUUUGCAACUAUGGCGAUGUUGUAGGUUAGGCAAAUCCAGCCAAGGGUAACGGUAAUCAAAUCAAUACAGCAUAACGGUGCAAUUAAAUGCUUACUUGCGAGCUUCCUCAACAGUGCAAUGAAAAAUAUAAACAAAUCAAAAAGUUAAACACAUAGUCAUAAGCUUAACGUAAUGUAAGUGCAUGGAAAGUAGUGUUUAAGAAAGAAUGGUCACUUUUACUGCCAUGUGGUUUUGAUGGUGGAAAUGAAGGUGAUUUAGGCUUUGUUUUAAGGGGUGAUUGUUCAUGCUGAUCUUAAAGUGGCUGGGACUACAUGAAUUGUGCCUAGAUACUAAGCAUUAUGUAUCAUUACUAUAUGUGUCAUGCUUUUUGGAACUGUAAGUUACCAUUAUUGAGCAUAUCUUUAUGGGGACAGAGCAGAGGGGACCCUUUUGAUUGGUGUAGGCAAUUCUUUGCAAAUUCCCCUCUAUCUGCAAGUCAACCAGUGAAUUUCCAAAUUUAGAGCACGUUCAGACAAAAUUGGUCUGCUUUUGAUUGGUUGAGCUGUUCGUAAUGGAUGGUCUGUGUAGUUUGAAAGGAUGUGGUAAAUGUUAGCAUUUUACAGACCCAGAUAAAUCCAUCAGGAGCUUUUUUCCUGAUCAUAAAAUGUCCAAAAUGUCUUCUGUAAAGCAUUUCUUUGACAUAUCUGUGAUCAGGUGCACCAAUCCAUCAGAAUUUAUAUUCAUUUCAGACUGCUAAGGGCAGGUGUAGAAUAUGGGAGGAGAACCACCGUAUUCAUGUCCAUUUCUUUCUCAUCCUAUAGAUUUUUUGUAAGAAAAUGUAUAUCUGAUGCAUGAUCACAACAUUACUGCCAAUUACCUGAUAGAUUUUUACAUUGAUGUGAUGAACAGGACAAUUUUCAUAGUUUCUUUUUAAACCCACCCCAAUCUCGAUUGAUGGCGCUAUGUGCUGUUCAUAUGUGAGUACUGUAUCUUUGAAUUAUGUCAUGUACAUAAUAGUAAUGUAUAUGCAGUUAUUGUCACUCCCAUAUUUAUCAUGCAUAUAGGUCUAUACAUGCAUCAUAUGCCUCCAAAUGUCUUUAUUUUUCAGUUGUUGAUCACAUUACUGUAGAUACCAUUUAUGCGAAACAUCAACGGUGUAUGCUCAGGAGGAAGAUGCCAUAACCCUUCAGUAUUAGCUACAUAGACUGAAAGUGACCCCAUGGCCACUGAUGUGUCACAUGUUGACUUAGACAUCCAUUAGGAUGUCAUGUAUAUUGAUGAAAAUACACACUGUAUGUCUCACCGUCAUUGUGUAUUGGUUUGUAUGAGAUACCUUUUUUUCGUACUGCUUCUGUGAUCAUUGUGCACAAUGGUUUUAAAGUGGCCAGGAUCCAAAUGUUGUAGAAGCGUGUUUGUGUUGAAAAUCAUCUGUGCAGUGGAAAGUAAUGUGUCUGCCUGGCCUGAGCCCACCGUGCAGUCAACUGUGAAGCCAUUGAGUGGGUCAAUUAAAAGCUGAGCAGGAGGGGGUGCACUCGG